UGUUGUUAGCAGCCUGGAAAACUCCUCCGCAGCAUCACAGCCGACAGAUGAAACACAUUUAAAGGGCAUUUUAUGAUUUUUUUUAAAGCAGUUAGUGACAAUACAAGUGUGUGAAGAUGUCCGGAGAAAUCUCAAUGAUUGGUUCCGUCAUCCUGGCUCUGUUCCUGGCGGGCUACCUGGGCCAGCAGUACCUGCCUCCACCCAAACCCAGAGUGAUCGGCCUGGACCUGGGCACCACCUUCUGCUCCGUGGGCGUCUUCCACCCGGGCAGCGGGCAGGUGGAGGUGAUGGAGGACGAGGAGGGCAGGAGCAGCAUCCCCAGCGCCGUCUCCUUCACCGACACCGCGGUGCUGGCCGGACACGGGGCCGUGGAGCUGGCAGACAGCAACCCGCAGAACACCGUGUACGACGCCAAGAGGUUCAUAGGGAAGAGGUUCGAGCCCCAGGUGCUGGAGCAGGAGAGUGCUCGGUACCCCUUUAAGGUGAUCAACAACAAUGGAAGCGCAGAGUUUCUGAUCUCCACCAACCACACCUUCACGGUGAGCCCAGAGUUCAUCGGCUCCCGGCUGCUGCUGCAGUUGAAGAAGAUGGCCGAGCGACAGCUGGACGUGCCCAUCCAGAAAGCCGUCAUCUCGGUGCCCGCGGAGUUCGACGAGAGACAGAGGAACUACACCAUCAGGGCCGCCAACCUCGCCGGCCUGGAGGUCCUGCGUGUGAUCAAUGAGCCCACGGCUGCAGCCAUGGCCUACGGGCUGCACAAGGUGGAUGUGUUCAAUGUUCUAGUGGUCGACCUCGGUGGAGGAACCCUGGAUGUUUCUCUGCUCAACAAACAGGGAGGCAUGUUCCUCACCAGAGCCAUGGCAGGUAAUAACAAGCUGGGAGGUCAAGACUUCAGCCAGAGGUUGCUCCAGUACACCAUAGAGCGAGCCCAGCAGGAGUUUGGCGUCCCGCCCGCUCUCAAAGAGGACGUCCACCGUCUCCGACAGGCCGUGGAAGCCGCCAAGCUCAACCUCACCCUCCAACCCAGCGUCACCAUCAGUGUGCCCCUGCACCUUCGUACCCACGACAGCUCCGACCCCGCUCCGGUUCUCUUCCAGACCGUGAUCACUCGCGAGCUGUUUGAGGAGCUCAACGAGGACCUUUUCCAGAAGAUCCUGGCCCCCAUUGAGACCGUGCUGUCCGAGGGCCGCCUGGAUAAAGCCGACGUGGAUGAGAUCGUCCUGGUCGGAGGGUCCACCAGGAUACCGCGGAUCAGGAGGCUGAUCAGCGAGUACUUCGGGAAGGACCCGAACACGUCGGUGGACCCCGACCUGGCUGUGGUUACGGGUGUAGCCAUUCAGGCCGGCAUCAUGGGGGGCUCCUGGCCUUUACAAGUGAGCGCUAUAGAAAUCCCCAACAGACACUUACGCAAGACGAACUUCAGCUAAUCUUUAUCAAGGUUAUUUAUUUAGUUUAAAAGACUGUUUCAUGCUUCGCUUAUGUUAAAAAAAAAAAAAAUCUGCUGGAUUGAAGAAAAAAUUUCCAGCAAAAGACACCGUCACCUGAAUGAAGACAUGCAAGACACUCAGGGUUUACAACUCAUUUUGCUUUCUUGUUUUUGAGAGGCGACGGUGGCAGAACAAAUAUGUUAUGAAACAUUCCUCUUGGACAGAAGUUAAAGGUGGCUUCUGCAGAAGUGAACAGCCCUGUUUCCAGUUUUUUUUUUUAAGUUUAAUGCUGCUUUUGUUGUGCAAGAAGCUUCAGCAGAAAAUGACAAGAUAGUGAUGAAACGUAAAAGAGAAGCCUUCCACAUACCUACCGAUAACGCUUAUUCACCGUAGAUACUUCAACAGUGUUCAAUUCAGGGAACAACCAUUUUUUUAAAAAAAAGGACUUUCAGAGUUGCCAGUACAUCUUCAGCUAUUUAUUUAUUUAUUCCCAUUCGCUGUGUGUGUGUGUGUGUAUGUUUUGCACGCAUGUAAUGUAGUUUUCCAUUUUUCCAUCAAAGGUUAACACAGUGUACUUGUACCUGUUCAGAAAGCUGCUGUAUAUUGUUUGAAUCAAAGUGUAGAGGUGAACCUCUGCAAAUGUUUUGCAUGGUGUCCCAACAAGGAUUAAAUGUCCACUAGAAGACACUGGGACAAAAAGGAGACGUCAGUGUAAAGACGUAGUUAUGCACAAACAUUAACUGUAUUAUUGACUACUCGCCUCAUUUGAAAAAAACUAACAGAUGGAGGUGCAUGUUGGAGAAAGCCUUAAUGUUCUCACAGUACUGUAAAAUCUUAAAUAUUAGUACAACCCCUCCCUCUUACUGGGUUGUAGGAAGGACCCAAACACGUCUACAGACUGCAUUCAUUUUCCCCCGGGAGCAAAAGAGAAGUCAUGCUCAGUGCGGCACUUUGACGACUUCCACUUGUUGACCAAUGCCACCUUUCUUUUGUGCAAUAGUGUGCUUUAUUUAAAUGUCAGUGACUUACACACUUAUAUUUGUGCUGCAUAUGUGCAGCUGCCUGCUCUUGCUGCUGUAGGUAGAGGAGAUCAUCUCUGGUAGUCCUGCAGAAGAAGGACCAAAUCAUUGCUUAACUGGUGCCUUGUGUUGUGUGAAAUCAAGAAAAUGUGUUAGCGUCACAUUGAGGAUGUUUGAUGGAUCUGAUGAACGGUUUGUAGUUGUCAUGGCGCCUUAAAUAUAUAAUAAUUUUGUAUUUAUAAUUUCACCUGCUCUUAUUCUGGUGGACGGUAAACUGGUUAUUGUACAGCCAGUGUUUCCGUCUUUGAAAAACUUAAAACCCAGAACUCUGAAGAUCCGAUGGUCCAAUAAAAAAAAAAAUGUUUCAAUCAAGAACUCAAGUCGCCUACUUUUAAUUUCUCAACUUUAUUUUGAGUCUCAUAUUCCUGGGCAACAUACACAAAGUUCUUCACACAUUCAUCACAUGUUAUAAAGGUCCUGCAGGUUUUGGGAAUGAGCUCCAACGUUUAACCUGAAGAUUAUUAUUUAUUUUGUAUUGAAUGAAAUGAGUAAGGCUGAACUUGACUCAAAUGGAAGGUCCAGAGAAAAGAGUGGUGAAUCCAUAUUACCUUCUCUCUAUACACCUAUAAAUAAAAGUGGGUUGUCCAUUAAUUAUAGGACUGGUGGUUCAAUCCUUACAGCAAAUAAACAGGAAAAAAAAAAAAGAAAAAACUUAAAAAACUCCUGUAUUAGAAGAUUUCUUUAAUGUUUACUUUUGAGGCACAAUAAUACCCAAAUAAAAACAAAAAGCAAAUCCAUUUGUUGACCCUGUGCUGCCCGUCCCUUCCUUUAGCUUACAGCUUCAUGUUCACAUUUAGCACCCACUUCAUUUAUCUUACAGCAGUCAGUUUAAUACCAGCAACCAACGUUUAGACGCAUGUUGUCCGUCAACACUUAAAUACCACAGAUUUUAACUGCAUUUCAGAGGCUGUGUAGAAGGUGA